AUGCAGUACAAGGAGAAGCUCUGGCCGGCAUACGAGAACACCAACAACUCAUCCGACCUGCACGACGAGCUGCACCGAAUGCGUGAGGAGCGUCUGGGCCGCAAGCUCCCCGUUCAGCCCAGGGCCAACGUUGCCGACAGCCCGGUGCUCUCCAGCCUCCCCAACAACAACCAGGACCCGUUCGCGUGGGCCCACGGAGACAAGCGUUUGGUUUAG